AUGCCACCGGACGACAACGCCGCGGGGGGCACGGGCAUGGGCGCGGACAUCGCGGCGGACGAGCUGCAGAGCCUGAGCUUCGGCUCCUCCUCGGACCGCUCGCGCUCGCGGUCCGCCUCAACAGUCUCCACCGCGACAGCGUCCUGCUCCACCUCCUCGUCGGGGCCACUCCACCACCACCUCUCGCUCCCGCCCCCUCCCUCUCGCCGCGCCCCCACCACCCCCGCCUCCACUACCUCCGCCACCACCCUCCCCACGCAGAUCCCGCGCCUCGGCGCCGUCGCCCUCUCCGACAUCCGCUUCCUGCGUCGCCUCGGCGCCGGCGACAUCGGCAGCGUGUACCUGGCCGAGGUCAGGCCACCCGCCGCCGCCGCCAAGGCGGAGGACAAGGAGAAGGACAAACACCCGCCGCCGCCGCUGGUGGUGGCCGCCAAGGUGAUGGACCGGAAGGAGCUGGAGGGCCGCAACAGGAGGGCCGCGCCCGCACGGAGCGCGAGAUCCUGGAGGCCGUCGACCACCCGUUCCUGCCCCGCCUCUACGGCGUCGCGGAAGGGGACCGCUGGUCCUGCCUCCUCACCGAGUUCUGCCCCGGCGGCGACCUCCACGUCCUCCGCCAGCGCCAACCGCACCGACGCUUCUCCGAGGCCGCCGUCAGUGGGGCACGUGCUGCCUGCUGCUACGGCCGCUCCAUCGAUUGCACGCGUGCGUGUCUACUUGCUCCCCCCGCCACGCCUGCCACCAGUAAGUGCAGCCGGCAGGCGGCAGGGGCAGUUCUACGCGGCGGAGGUGGCGGCGGCGCUGGAGUACAUCCACAUGAUGGACAUCGUGUACCGCGACCUCAAGCCGGAGAACGUCCUGGUCCGCGCCGACGGCCACAUCAUGCUCACCGACUUCGACCUCUCCCUCAAGUGCGACCCCACGGCGCCGACGCCCGCGCACGUCAUCUCCGACCCGCUCUCCCUCGCCGCCCGCCCCGCCACCUCCACGUCCUGCGCCAUCUCCUCCUGCAUCGUCCCCGCCGCCUCCUGCUUCCAGCUCUUCCCGGGCCGCGGGCGCCGGCGCCGGCGCUGGCGCGUCAAGAAACCGUCGUCGACGUCGAGCGGCGGCAACAGCAGUGGUGGCAGCGGGCUGGAGCUGGAGUUCGUGGCGGAGCCGGUGGAGCUGCGGUCGAUGUCGUUCGUGGGCACGCACGAGUACCUGGCGCCCGAGAUCGUGUCCGGGGAAGGGCACGGCAGCUCCGUGGACUGGUGGACGCUGGGCGUCUUCGUCUUCGAGCUCCUGUACGGGGUCACGCCCUUCAAGGGCUACGACAACGAGAUGACGCUGGCCAACAUCGUGGCGCGCGCGCUCGAGUUUCCCCGGGACCCCGCCGUGUCGUCGGCCGCCAGGGACCUCGUCACCGCGCUGCUCGCCAAGGACCCCGCCCGCAGGCUCGGCGCCACCGUUGGCGCCGCCGCCAUCAAGCGCCACCCCUUCUUCGCCGGCGUCAACUGGGCGCUCCUCCGCUGCGCCACGCCGCCCUACGUGCCGCCGCCCUUCAGCGUCGCCAACAAGGCUGGUGGUGGCGGGAGCAACGGCAAGGGUGACUGCGGCGACGAUGACGGCGACGUGUCGGACGAUAGUUGUCCUGGCACGCCCGUGGAGUACUACUAG